UUCAAUAUUUGUGGCAGGAUUGUUUGAAAAGCAAACUUUCUUUUUUCCUCUCGAGAAUUUUAUAAUUCCUACAGCAAUUAAUGUGAAAAAGUUUUAGGCGAUGUCGCCAGUAAAUUAGUAUCAGAGAAAGACGGCAUUUGAAAUACGCUGUGUUCUCGAGAGAAAUUAGUAGGUAACAUGAAGAUGUCUUCGUCUCUUCAAGUUAUUCUUGGACUUCUCUCUUUAUCUCUCGUUUGCCGAGCCGAAGAUGACUUUGACAAAGACGACAUCUCGUCGGCCGAGCGUCUCCUUCAAAAAAUCGUUCCACUGGGCUCCAUGCCUUCGAUGCCAGACGGCUUCCCUUCCUUAUCAGAGCUGAAGACUGACAAGUUUGAAUACAGCACCAGCAAAGGUAAAGUUACAGUCACUGCUGACUUGGAGGAUCCUGUCAGCCUCCUUGGGCAAGGAAUGACUCUAGAUGACGUGAAAAUGACGUUCAAAUAUGACAAAAAUAGGCCAGAAGGGAAGUGGCAGUUCAACGCUGAAGGGAAGUGGAAGCAAGGCAACAUGACAGCAACAGUGAAGAUCGAAGAGUCAAAAAUCGGUGAUCAUCACACCAUGGUUGCAGCGGCAGACAGACUAAACGUGUACGAUGUUGCAUCCGAGCUUUCAGAAAAGAAAAGCGUUGAACAUGCAGGAAUGAACGUUGACACUCUAAAAGAACUCUUUCUAACAGACGUUGAGAUGUACUCAGUGUUUAAAGGAAAUGAGGAUUAUGUUUUUAUGAUUUCUGGAGACCCGCUCCUCUCUGACACCCAUUCCACCGAUUGCAAAGUGUUCAUUCGCAAAAUGCCUGGAAAGAAAAGCGUGUUUUCGGUCUUGCUUGAAUUCAAACACGAUCUCCCUUCACGAGCUCUCAUAAAACUUGUCAGUGAUGACCUGUUCAAAAUUCCGUUCAUAAACCAUCUUAUAGCAAAAACGCGAGUAUUCCGAAAGAACCGUACAAAUUUUGGCUUUGUUGCUUCAACGGGAGACGUGGACAAGCUUCCACUCAAGUCGUUCGGUGAAGGAAUCCUUGCAGAUGAACUGCAAUCUCAUAUUUCUAAAGGCCUAACUCUCCUGCUUCCAUUCCGCUUGGGGAGCGAAGAAAGGAGGCCGGUUAAAGUCGCAGUAGUUGUUAACCCUCCUUUGGUGAAAUUCAUAACUUCUCGCCACGAACAGGUCAGCGUGGAGCAGACCUUGAAAGCAUUGUCACCCAGUUCUAGAAUAAGGGUCCUACCUCAUGGGUUUCCAGAUCUAUCCUCUGUGAACAUUGAUCACUUCAGUUACAAUAUUCACCAAGAAACCUUCAGUGUACAUGCAAAGUUAUCUGACACUUUCGCCGUGAUUCCUGGCCUUUUGAACGUAUCUGACACAGAAGUAACAUUUCGCCAUCGAGUUGGAGAUGAAUUCAACACGUGGUCGUUUGAGGGCCAUGGGGUCUCGGAAUUGGGGGGGGCGAAGGCAAAUAUUACACUGAAAACAGAGGAGGAGACUAAAGUUGUUUUUAUCACAGGAAUGGCAGAGAAGAUGUCGGUGAAGUUACUUGCUCAGCAGUAUGGACUCUCGUUUAUACCAGAUGCUGAGAGUGAUGCCAUAGUUCAAAACAGUCAAAUGAGUGAUUUCGACUUUAUCCAACCAAAAAUCAAAUCGGCCACCUCAGAUAAACAAAAAAAUCGUUACAUUCACAUCUCAGGUCUUGGCAAUUUUCCCGGUGUUGACAAAGCUACAGAAGCUGAAGCCGUUGUCUACGAGAACAAAGGGCAACUUAAGACAUCCGUCGGUUUCAUAUUUCCAAAGAUACCCAUGCCGUUUAUAAUAGAGGCUUUGACAGGAUAUGAUGUGGACAAGUUGAAAAAAUUGUUAAGGAACAGCUUCAACACAUCUCUAGUUCUCUCUUUAGAUGAUGAUGAUUCUUUAUUCGAGAAUCCAACACUAUCCGGACUUUCUUUCGAACGCGGAAUCUCCAUGGUUGGCCUCUUCCGAAUGCCCGAGGAGUGCCGCCAUGACAAGAUGUGUAAGGCUGCAAAAAGCAUGCUCGAAAGCGAUCAGUGGUAUCGGAUCCAAGGUCUAGUGAAACAAGAUGGAUUCAAUCUGGUUGGGAUGGUCAAUCGUAACUAUGUUUUAGGCAAUGGCCUUGUACUGCGAGAUAACAUGCUCCAACUGGCUAUCAAUGAUGACUCGUCUUUUAAUGUACAGUCUAAGUUAACAUUUCCAAAAGAAAAACUUUCCUUUGCUGGAAACAUAAACUUUGACAACGGCAGUGUUGAGCUGUCCAUGAAGAGCGAGGAUGCUAUUUAUCGAUUACACAACGGCGGAUACUUGACAUUUGAUCAGCUAACAUUGAACACUGAAAUAAUGAAUUCAAUUCCUUUGCAAAAGCUCCCGCUGACAGGACGAAUGACGCUUGGAACGUCAGGCAGUGGACACGAAAUAAUGGCACCCUGUACAAUCUCGUACCAAGCAAUGCAACCAGACUUCAGCCGAGUGGAGUCCAAGCUAUCUGAGGUCACAAUGUAUCACAUUGCAGAAGCUAUGGGAAUCAACGCAACUCUUCCAUUUCCACUUGCCUAUGCACCCUUCGUUGGUGGUUUGGAAGUGAUCUAUGACCCAGCCAUGAAAAUCAAAACCAAUCUCACCAUGAGGGGAAAACUUCAUAUCUUUGAUCGGUAUUUUGACUCUGCAAUUAAGAUGCACGACUCUGAUCAUAUCCAUCUGACGUCCUCCUAUACCAAGUCUCCCUUCGUGUUGUCCAAUGGCUUCAUUGUGGUGCAAGAAAGCAAGGAAAUAUCAAAAAGUGGCCCAAGACUAGAUGUUUCCAUUGCUCCGUUUGAUGUGAAGGUCAAACUUGUUGGAUUUGCCAGAGUUCUUGGUACAGGAUCUCCAACAGAAAUAAAGAUUUCUGACUCUGGUACAGAAUUUCCUGUUCAGGGAAAUCUAUUUGACAUUUCGUCAACUGGGUUAUACGUCUCGUCUCCAGGAGUUUUGGGAAAUUCUGAGGCUUCCUCAUUUCAGGCUUAUGGAUGUCUUCCAGGCAUUCACGACAAGGUCCUCAGUGCAGUAGAUACACUGAUCAAGGCAGCAGCCACAGAAGCAGAUAGUUUCAUUCGUCAAGCCACGGACAACCUCAAAGAAGCUAAAAACUACUACCGCAAGGCCACGAAGAACGAAGAAUACUACAGGCAAAAGCUAGACGAAGAAGAAAAUAUUCUGAAUGAAAGAAACAGAGAAGUUUGGCUCGCAGAGCAGCGAUACAAUAGCAGCUGUAAAUUGAGCCAGUGCGCGAAGAGCUGCAUUGGUUGCCCUGAUUGGAACAGAUGUUGCGCUCGUGAUGUAUUUGGUAGCUGUGUCGAGUGUCCAUCUUGGAAUAAAUGUUGCUACAAGACAGGAGACCCUGUAUGUGUUGCAAGCAAUCACGGCUGUGAUCAUAUAAGAAGAGUGGCCAGCGGCAACCUUGAGGAUGCCAGAGACAUCUACUUCGACCAGAAACGGCGCGUGAACAACGUAACUCAAAGUGUUUUCGAUGCUGAAUUCUCUAAAGGCAAAACAAAGGCAGUGUUAGACGCGGCUGGAAAAGCUCUCUCGUUAAUCGAUCGGGAUUCAACCAUUGGUAUCGAAGCAUCAAAAUCCAUUAAACAUGUUGGUUUGGAAAACGUGCUCAAAAUACAAAGCAUAUGUUUUCAAGCUCCUGUCGAUUCUUUGGCAACUAGUUGCAUUAAUAUGAGUGUAAAUGCUAGUGUAAUGGGCUCUGAUGAGGUCAAGACGCUACCCUUCCACGCAUGCCUGAACAAAGAGUUAGUUCCCCGGAUGGCACGUUUCCUGGCAAACUACUUGUUUCCAGAUAUUGGAAGUGUCAAACAAAAACGGAGCCUGAUAAAUGAGGAGAAAAACUCUUUGCCUGAUUUUGUCAGAGGGGAAGGGAAACUGACAGCCUUCUUAAGACGCCGUGGAUUGGUACGGAGGACGAGAGAUGCGGAAACAGCUGAUGAACGUGAAAAUAUUGAACCGUUCUGGGAUCUCAUUCAACAGCACGAUCCUUUGAAGGAAGUCAAGAAAAGCGCCCCACCAAGUCACCCCAGCAUGGGAAAUCUGAAGAGAAAGUGGAAGAUACCAGCUACAAAAACCGGGAAAUGCAAGAUUUACCAUCAGUUGCUGGACAUUUGUCGCGACAUGAUGAAGACAGUGAAGAAAAUGUACGGCACUUACAUGUAUGAGCGAUAUCUUUUUGCUAAGGAGAAAGAUCACUUUACACGAAAACUGAAGAGAGUCACGAAACAGCUCGAGAUUUCUGCUAGGCAAGUUUCUGGUACUGAAGACCAAAUGGAGAGAAUCAAGAGAAGUCUAAAUUUUGUUAGCGAUGGUGUACAGAAAUGGGAAAAGAAAUGCGAUGAAGCGCUGAAGCAUCAAGAAACAAUCAGCGUCAAAGCCUGGGUGAAAGCCAUGGACAGCAGAAUAACUUCCCUCGGAGGGGAGGGUGUAGAGCGGUUUUUAGGAAAUCUGUUCCGCGCGUUUGAUGGGUUGUUCGAGAGUUCAUCUCUCCCUCCAAAGGCAGCUGGAAAAGCGGUGACAAUCAUGCAAAGAGUGCGGCAAAUCAAAGCGGCGUUUGACCAGAUCUUCAUGAAAGACAUUACACUUGGGCGUGCGAACUACCACGCCGACAGAGUGCUCUAUGACAUUGCAGAAAUAGCCAACAUCAAGAUUUACUGUCAUAAGAAGAAAUGAGCCCAAGGCUUUUGUUAUUAUCUGAUGAUCUUGUAUAAUAUUUUAACGUCGAGCUGGAGGGGAAAGCCGUCUUGCUUUCGUUGCCUGUUUUAGGAGGGCUUUAUUCCAUAUCAGUUUGUCAAAAACGUUCAAAAGUAACCUUCAGAAUGCUUUUGAAGAUCAUCUCCGUUUGUAGUUUUACAUUGUUUAAGAAAAGAUCUCGAACUUUCUCCGGACUUUGUUCAAGUUUCUUCCUGUUAAGGCGCGCGCUUAGUACUUGAAUUCGGAAUGACUUUUGCUAAAAUGAGCAGAGAUGUUUCACCCUCGUUUAAAAAUGUAGAUCCCUUUGUGCUCGAUCAGUAAUUCAAUCUGACUGGCCGUGUGCAACUCGUUAUCAAUUCCGUGAUAGAGAAGUAACCUAUUUGUAUCAUUCACAACAGUGGUUUGUCUUGUUGAUAAGUUUUGAACGAUUGGUAGAUUUAAAGAAAUGCAAUUAGAUCAUUUGCUGUCGACUUCAAUGCGUGCUAGUUCGUGAUAGUUCGUGAUAGUUAACACCUAUUCACCAAAGUGGAUGUGGCUAGUGGUGGAUAUUUACCGAGCCGCGAAGCGGCGAGGUAAAUAU